GACGCUCAUUUGGAAUGGCCCUGUUUUAAAGUUCCUGGGCAAAGAGCGGAGCGACCUGGCCAACCCCUUGGAAAGGGGCCAAGAUUUAACUCAAAGAAAAUAUAUUUUCACUCUUUACAUACAAGCAGCGUACCUGUCACCCCGAAUAUAAGGCGCAGCACUAAAGAACCAAGGUCUACAGCUCGAUAACGUCGGAAAAUACGGAAAAUGGCGGAGCCGGACAAAUUAAACAUCGACUCUAUAAUUCAACGUCUUCUGGAAGUCAAAGGCUCUCGGCCAGGGAAGAAUGUGCAGCUCACAGAAAACGAGAUCCGUGGCCUUUGCCUCAAGUCCCGCGAAAUCUUUCUGAGCCAGCCAAUCCUGCUGGAGCUCGAGGCUCCCUUAAAAAUCUGCGGUGAUGUUCAUGGUCAGUACUACGAUCUGCUGAGGCUCUUUGAGUAUGGAGGUUUCCCCCCAGAAAGCAACUACCUGUUCCUGGGCGACUACGUGGACAGAGGGAAACAAUCACUAGAAACCAUCUGCCUCCUUUUAGCCUACAAGAUCAAAUACCCAGAGAACUUUUUCCUGCUCCGCGGUAACCACGAGUGCGCCUCUAUUAAUCGAAUCUACGGCUUUUAUGAUGAGUGUAAGCGGCGGUAUAACAUUAAGCUGUGGAAGACCUUCACAGACUGCUUUAACUGUUUACCAGUGGCUGCCAUCGUAGAUGAGAAAAUCUUCUGCUGUCAUGGAGGUCUCUCUCCCGACCUUCAGUCAAUGGAGCAGAUCCGCAGAGUAAUGCGGCCCACAGACGUGCCGGACCAGGGUUUGCUGUGCGACCUGCUGUGGGCGGAUCCAGACAAAGACGUUUUGGGCUGGGGGGAAAACGACCGCGGGGUCUCCUUUACGUUCGGUGCAGAUGUGGUGGCCAAAUUUUUGCACAAACAUGACAUGGACCUAAUAUGCAGGGCACAUCAGGUGGUUGAAGACGGUUAUGAGUUUUUUGCAAAGAGGCAACUGGUCACUCUAUUCUCAGCUCCCAACUACUGCGGCGAGUUCGACAACGCUGGUGCUAUGAUGAGCGUGGACGAGACGCUCAUGUGCUCCUUCCAGAUUCUGAAGCCAGCAGAUAAGAAACUGUAUCCCUACGGGGGAGGAAUGGGAUCGGGACGACCGGUGACUCCUCCGCGAAAUUCAGCCAAGGCUGCCAAGGCCAAGAAAUAACACCCGCUGAGGUCCCUUCCUACAACGCGCCACCUCUGUCGGCCCAGUUUUUUUUUUUUUUUUUCUUUCCCCUCACCUCCCAAACUUGUUUGUCAUUUUUCUUCUGGUUAAAAACCAUCAACCAAAAAGAACAAGAGAGGGUUUUUCAUUGUAAAACUAAUUUUAAUGGUUGUUUCUUUGGUCAUUUGCAUGUUUUAUGUGAGCGUUUGGGUAAAAAGUGAGAAUGGUAAAAAAGGGAGUUGUUUUCUUUUAUAUCCCUUCUCCUCUGAAUUCUUAUUCCUUCUGUUUUCUCUUCAUUUUGUAAAAAUAGAUCUUCUCAUGAAUUCUGUACAUUUGAACCUAGCUGCAUCUAUGGGGGGGGGGGCUGUUUAAUGCUAAACAAGGGCGUUUGUCCACCAUGUUUCAGAGGGCCAUGUCUGUCUGUGUGAUGGGGUGGGUGGGGGGCCUGUUUUGGGAUCAACUCAUGGUAGGGAGGGGGGCGGGGCUUCACAGUAGGUGAACGGGUGCACAGACGUGCGGUUGAAUGCUGAAAGACGGAACCACAAUAACGUGUUUUUAUGUUUAUUAUUCCUACAUCCACUUUGAUAUGACUUCAUCAUCAUGGACGUGCUGUUAGAUUUCCUCUUUUUAUUUUUGUAGAAACAUGAAACCAGCAUUGUUUUUCUUUAGUUCACUCAAAGUUGACUAAAUAAAAAUCACAGCUCAUUUCAAGUUGGCCAUCAUGCGGAUCACUUUUGUGUUUGUCAUGUUUGUCAAGGUCAUGUUUUUUUUUUGUUUUUAGCUCUGUGUUGCUGGCUUGCUGAGAAUAGACACAUUUUUGGAAUUUUAAGAAUGGACGUUUGUGUUAAAGGUGCACAAACAGAGCCUUUUUUCGUUUCUUCUUUUUUUUUUUACAUGUUAUGAAUAGUUUCAACAUUCAAGUGUUCAGUUCAAUGUAAACAUUCCCAAUCUAAACUGGGCACACGUGGCCGAGGAGAGAGCAGUGCAAUAACUCCCGUUUGGAAUUGUAGGAAGUGCGUAUGAAACUUUGUUCAACAAAUAUACUUCAGAUAAUCACAACCACGUAUUCCCAUUGAACCUAGCUUAAGGCGUUUUCCACGCGACCAGCUUCUGCCGUUUAGUAAUCUAGUAAAAGAAAUUGCAUAAGGAAUGUAGAAUUACUUGGGAUGCUUUUGCCUGCAAUAAUUUUUGGUUCAGCUGUGGGGAAAAAAGAGCCAUAGACGGAUAAAACAAAACUGUUUUCAAAUGCGGUGAUUUUUAUUUUAUAAUUACCGCUGUGCAUUAAGUUCAGAGGCACACAGGGUCUUCCCAGUGAAAGCAGGCUGACGUUCAGCUUCCUGGUGAAAAACACAAAAGGCUUCCCUCUGCAGCGUAUUAAAAGUAUUUCACUGCCCGUUACUUCUAACCCAGACACACUUUCUGUCCGUCCGUCCGUCGUGUUGCAUAAUGGCUCCAUUUGUCUGCUCUCUAUCCUCAUUCUUGAGCGCUCUGUUCAAGUGUAAACACAUGCAGCUUUGAGAUUACGAAGCCACUAAACGUCAGAGCGCGGAGGAGCUGGAGUUCUACCUGCUCUUGUUCCUCUUUUCUUUUUUGUUUCUUAGCCAGAGGUGCUAAAUUCAAGGCCUCUCCAGACAAGAGAUUCAAACGUCACCGGUAAAUUCUGUUGAACGGUUUCUGUGCAACUUUCAUUUUUAUUUUUUUCUUUAAACACCCAGCAAGUCAACUCAGGAAGUGAAAAUUCAACGACAAAAUCAUGCAAUUUAAUGAUCCACAUGGAAAAACACUCACAGCCCAUGAUUAGAGGAUGAAGCAAGUUUUAUGUUCACAUUUAAAUAAAAAUGUAAACAGGCGUUCUAAUGUUUAUGAGGAGCCUGUCAUGUUCAGGUGUUGCUACUUCUGAUUGUAAAUGUCAGCAAACACUGAUCAUAAAUGUGGGAAAUGUCUUCUAUCAUGGGUGUAAAAGAAAUUUAGGAUAGCAUCAACAGAUGAGUAAAUCUCCUGCAUUAUUGCUCCAUAGAUGGACACUUUUCCUCUUAAACUUCAGCUUUAAGCAUCUUUAUCUUGUUUGUUUAAAGGUGUUGAGUCUAAAGUUUGCUUUCUGAGUUUUCCUAUAGUUUUGACUGAACACUUAAGAUACUGCUAGCUCGUUAGUGUAGGAACCUUUAAUCAAUCAGGGAUGUUUUGCACCAUGCACUGUUGCUGGGGAAAAGUCUAAAAUCAUAGGAUUAAAGCAGUUAAACUCCAAAAGAAAGAGAAAUAAACCAUAGUUUUUAUUAUUUGGGUUUCAUCUGUUUCAGGCCUCUCAGACAGUCUCUGUUCCAAGGCAAAAAUAAAAUACAGAAUUUUGGAA